AUGUCUGAACAAAUGAUUGAGAGCAGAGAAAAAUUUAAUAAAAUUGAUCGUAAAAUUCCAGUAUUAAAAGCUUCAAGAGAAUUUAGAAAUGCCCAAACGAUUCAACAGUCCAUCCUUAUUGGUUUACUAAAUAAAUAUUGUACAAUUACUAUUGGCCAACCAGCUAAAAAAAGUACUGUUACUCAACAGUUUAUGAGGAUUAUAUCAUUAGACUUUGGUGAUAAUGAUAUAAUUCUUAUGGAUGAUUUUCUUAAAAGUAGGUGUUUAGAACAAAUGAACCAAGAUACUAGAGAUGGGGUUUCUCAAAAAACUGCAUGGAGAAGAUAUCAAAAUAAUAAAAAAAUUGAAGAACUCCAUUUACUAAUGGAUAUUCUUACAGAAUAUGGAUAUUAUUUUACCGCUCAUCCAAUGAAAGGAAAGUCUGAAACAAAAAAAUUGGAUAUUAUUCAUUCAGUUCAUAAAGAAGAUCUCGAUUUUUCAUUGAAUUUCCUUCUUAAUGAAGGAGAACGUAUUAAUAAUUUAAUAUGUUCUCUUUUACAAACUAAAGACAAAUCUAUUGUCAUUCGCACUAAUCAACUUUCUACUCGCUUCUAA